ACCCCAAAAAAUUGCAUCUGUUCUCCAGUCUCCUCAGACUUAAAACCACUCUCCAGAAGCUUCUGUGCCAAAGCUUAAACCCUUUAAACUCCCCACCGCUUCCAACGAUUUUCGGACUGCACUCCUAAAACCCUACUCCCCCAUUGCAGACCUUUAUUUCUUCUCGCACGAUCGAACAAGCAAUUUCUACCGUAAUUCAUUCCAACCCUCUUCAAAUUUUUCGAUUCAGUAUCAUAAAGCGGUGUAGAAGAAGAUGCACAGGCUCUCUGGGCGUUCAGUUUCCACCAUCCUUCGCGCCGGUGGCUGCAGGCGUUGCCGCAAUGCUACUGCCUCAAUUUCUUCUUCCAAUAUUUUCCACAAAUCAGCUGAGGAGAAUGAUGAAAACGUGAGAUGGUACUCGGUUUUAACCACCAGACAGAUUAAUUGUGGUAAACCCAUUAAGCAACUUAACUUUGGAAGCAGCCACCAUUUGUUGAGAAUCCGUUAUGAAUCUACUGCAGCCGCAUCUGAUUCCUCUUCCAAUCCUCCACCUGAAAAGUAUGAGUACCAAGCGGAGGUGAGCCGGCUGAUGGACCUUAUUGUUAACAGUCUGUACAGUAAUAAGGAGGUGUUUCUUAGAGAGCUUAUCAGCAAUGCGAGCGAUGCCUUGGACAAGCUGCGGUUUCUUAGUGUUACAGAGCCAGAGCUUUUGAAGGAUGCUGUUGAUCUUGAUAUUCGUAUCCAAACUGAUAAAGACAAUGGCAUAGUUACAAUCACGGAUACUGGAAUUGGUAUGACCCGCGAGGAACUUGUUGACUGCCUUGGUACUAUUGCACAAAGUGGAACAGCAAAAUUCUUGAAAGCAUUGAAGGAGAGUAAGGAUUCUGGUGGUGACAGUAAUUUAAUUGGCCAAUUUGGUGUUGGAUUCUAUUCAGCUUUUCUUGUCUCUGAACGGGUUGAAGUUUCGACUAAAAGCCCAAAAUCUGAUAAACAAUAUGUAUGGGAAGGAGAGGCCAACUCUAGCUCCUAUACCAUUCGAGAGGAGACUGACCCUGCAAAGCUCGUUCCUAGAGGGACUAGACUUACUUUAUAUCUGAAGCGUGACGAUAAAGGGUUUGCUCAUCCAGAAAGAGUUCAGAAGCUUGUGAAGAACUACUCCCAAUUUGUUUCUUUCCCAAUUUACACCUGGCAAGAGAAGGGAUACACAAAAGAGGUUGAGGUGGAUGAGGACCCAUCUGAGGCCAAGAAGGAUGAUCAAGGUGACAAGACCGAGAAAAAGAAGAAGACCAAGACUGUUGUUGAGAAAUACUGGGAUUGGGACCUUACAAAUGAGACUCAACCAAUAUGGCUUCGAAAUCCUAAGGAAGUAAGCACAGAGGAGUAUAAUGAAUUCUACAAGAAGACUUUCAAUGAGUACUUGGAGCCUCUCGCAUCAACUCAUUUUACUACUGAGGGCGAAGUGGAAUUUAGGUCCAUACUUUAUGUGCCUUCAAUUGCCCCCAUGGGAAAGGAUGAUAUAAUCAAUCCCAAGACAAAGAAUAUAAGGCUCUAUGUCAAAAGGGUGUUCAUUUCAGAUGACUUUGAUGGUGAAUUGUUCCCACGGUACUUGAGCUUCAUCAAGGGUGUUGUGGACUCCAAUGACCUCCCUUUGAAUGUCUCGCGUGAAAUCCUUCAGGAAAGUCGUAUUAUACGUAUCAUGAGGAAGCGCUUGGUCCGCAAGGCAUUUGAUAUGAUCAAUGGAAUAGCAAUGAGCGAAAAUAAAGAUCUCAACCAUUCCGAAAUGGUCUUUUCUUGCCAAAAUUACACCGAGGUGCAAAAGGUGCAAUUGGCAACCAUGGAAUUCACUGAAUACGCUGUGGUUUGGUGGGACCAAAUCAAGAAGUCUAGAAGGAGAAAUGGGCUCCCUGAGUUCGUUCCAUGGCCCGAGUUUCGAGCCAUGAUGCGCACCCGCUUUGUGCCUGGACAUUACACUAGGGAUUUGUACCACCGACUACAAACCUUAGUCCAAGGCAACUGGAGUGUGGAUGAGUACCACAAGGAGAUGGAGAUCCUGAUGCUUCAAGCAGACGUACAAGAGGACCCCGAAGCCACCAUGGCCAGGUUCUUGAACGGGUUAAGACCCGAUAUUGCUGAACGAGUGGAGCUCCAACACUACAUGGAGUUGCAAGAGCUUGUCGACAAGGCCAUUAAGGACUAUGGUCAUGAUGCAAAUGGCGAGAUCGUGAGCGAGGAUGAAGCUGAGUACGAAAGCAUGCCACCCCUUGAAGGAGGUAGUGAUGGUGAGUCACCAAAUGAUGAGGAGUUUAGUGCACCGAGGGUAACUUUUGAUGGUGUGACUAACAAGUAUAGCUUCUUGUACAAUAGUAAGAAAGUCACCCUAACUCCCCUUUCUCCAAAACAAGUGCAUGACGACCAAUUGAAAUUGCAACAAGAGUUUGAGAAGUAUAGUGCAAAAAAGAAGGAAAAUGAGAAAGCCGAGGCAAAAAAGAGAGGAAAAAGGCUUUACAUAGCUCGGCAAGUGAGCAAAGAAGUAGCUCAGAAUGUGCAUGAACUUGAUACUAACUUCCCGUUUGAGGUUAAGUCUCUUUUGCAGGAAUAUGCUGAUAUCUUUCCCGAGGACAUACCAAAUGGAUUACCACUGCUUAGAGGCAUUGAGCACCAAAUAGACUUCAUACCUAGAGCUUCAUUACCAAAUCGGCCAGCUUACAAGAGCAACCCGGAGGAAACUAAGGAGUUGCAAAGGCAAGUGGAUGAGUUGCUUGCAAAGGCUGGGCACGUGAGAGUUUAA